AUGAAAUUAGAAUUUGAUGAUCAUAAACACAGUACUUAUAUCUUACAAGCUCUUAAUAUUCAGAGGCAGAAGAAGGAAUGUUGCGAUGUGGUGAUCAAUGUUGGGUCCCAUUCAUUUGCAGCUCACCAGAACAUCCUGACCGCAGUCAGCCCCUACGUGAAAGAUUUAAUCUACAGCUGCAACAUCCAGCCUUCAGAUGAGCUAUCGGUCACCAUCGACAUAGAUUACAUGAGCCCACUGUCAGUGGAACAGCUACUGGAUUAUUUUUACACAGGCAAGAUCAUCAUCGCUGAUAAAAACGUGGAGGACCUGUUGAAGGGGGCAAAGUACUUCAUGAUAAAACGACUUAAGUCACACUGUGUGGAGUACCUGGAGCUCAUUCUGGACAGACAGAACUACAUGUACACUCUGAUGCUAGCCGAGAACUAUGAUUUAUUGGAUUUAUCACCCACAGUGUAUACGUAUGUCAGAGAUCAAUUUUUUGACCUCUGUUGCACCAAUGAAUUUUUGGAAUGCCCAUAUCAUAUCUUACUAAAACUUAUCAAGGAUGAAGACCUACAUGCUGCCAAUGAGGACCAGGUAUUGCUGACUCUCAUACGGUGGACAAAACAUAAUUUAGAAGAUAGGAAAGUGCACUUUUCAAAACUUUUUUCCAACAUCUAUUUGAACGGAGUCACGGAUGAAAUGCUUUCAGAAGUCAGUAGUGAAGAGCAGCUGAUUAAGAAUAAUGCCAAUGCUGUGUGCGCCAUAGUUGAUGUGUUGAGCCGUCGUAAGCAGGAAAACCCAACUAGCCUCUUGCAUUUUCAGCGGAAGGGAACUCUGAUGGAUGUGGUACUUGUUCUAGGAGGUCAAAGUAGCGAUGGCAAUUUUCGCAAUGGAGUCUAUGCAUACAUUAUUGAUGAAAAUAAGUGGAUCAAGGUUACUCACAUGCCUUACAGAGCGGCAGCUUUGGGUGCAGUCUCCACCCAGAAAUACUUGUAUGUGACAGGAGGGACAAAUGAGCAAAAUGCCAGCUUAAAAUCAGCCUGGAGAUAUGAUCUUGACAAGGCUACUUGGAGUAAGCUGCCAGACCUUCCAAUGGGAUUGGUUUUCCACUCCAUGAUAGCAUGCAAUGGAUUAGUGUAUACAGUGGGUGGAAGUGUGGCACCCAGAAAAUAUAUCUCGACCAUUUAUAGAUAUGAUGAGAAGAAGGAAAAGUGGACAACUAUUGGAAGAAUGAGUGUUCCUAUGGACUGUGCAGAGAUUGUGACCAAAGGUGACAGGUACAUCUAUAUAGCAACGGGGAGGUGUAUGAUAAAUGAACGGAUCUCCAGAGUAGGAGUGGUGGAUUGUUUUGACACUAUUACUGGGGAGGUGAAACAAAGCUUGACUUUCCCCAUUGAGUUUAAGCACAGGCCAGUUGUAGCAUUCCAUGGAGAGCACAACCUCAGCGUGCAAAGCCACAAGCAUAAUAUUGAUGUAAAUUUGCAGAAAUUCAAAGCAAAUAAAACUGCCAAGAGAGUGCCAUUACUACCAAAUUCCACCAAACUGGAGGUGUGCCAUGCGAUGUGUCUCAUCAGAGAUAUGGUGUUUGUCUGCGGUGGAACAUCUGCUAUGGAUGAUGGUGACGUAAAAGAAUACUCUGUGAACAAAAAUGCUUUUGUUUUAGAGGCAAAUGCUGGGAUGUGGAAGGAGGUGGCCAAGCCCAUUGAAGCCCUGGAGAGUUCAGCAUGCUGUAGGACCAAACUGCAGUGUAAACUCAUCCAAAAACCAGAAAAAAUUCCAACUAAACAAAAGUCAGACAAUUAA